CAACAGAAGAAAGUUCAUUUGUAGUUCUAAACAUAUUUAGGGUGUUUUUACUCACUUUUUGUCUCUCCCACGACCGUAUUCCUCUCGUCCAUUACAAUUACAUGCAAAGAGAAAUUACGCAAAUUAUGCGAUGACGUCAUCUACCGACUUGUUACGACUUUUAGGAUAGCCAAUAGCUACUUUCCUUACUUAGGAGUUGGCAACAAUGCUUUCGAUUUCUGUAUUGUCAUUUGGUGGUGACGUUUUCUCUUCUACUAGGUCGGUGUGCUCGCUGUGCUCGCUGUGCUAUGUUGGUAGCUGGUAGCUAGCUAGCUGCUAGCUAGCUAACCUGCCCGGCUACCCCCCUUCUCCUCUGAAGUCUUCUGAGCGGGUCCGUGAAUGAACCCCGCACCUCAAUGCAACUCUCGUGGCCGCGAUGGCAGCGACAGAAACGACGGCGAUAGCUAGCACCUUCUCUCGCCACCACAGGAGGAUGCUGAAGCUGUUCGGUGCACUGGUUAUCCUCGGACUGGCGCUGGCGUGCAUCACCUCCUGGGUGCUGGACAGCUAUGACACAGCUUGGCGCCCUAAACGGAGCUUUCGGCACCCGUCUGCCGGUGAUGGAGAUGAAUCUAAGGGGAAUUCUCCACCAUUCCCCAACGGGGAGUUGAACAAUAUAUUCUGGUUUAUACAGGUGUCUGACAUUCACAUUAGCCGAUUUCAUGACCCGAGACGCAUUCCUGAUUUUGAAAAGUUCUGUACUGACACCAUUGAAGUGAUCAAACCAGCUUUAGUGCUUGUAACAGGAGAUCUGACGGAUGCUAAAACAGAGAGUAAGGUGGGUUCCCUCCAGCACGAGGUGGAGUGGCAGGCCUACCACAAUAUCCUGAAGAGGUCACGUGUGAUGGAGCGCACUCGGUGGAUAGACAUCCGUGGAAAUCAUGAUGCCUUCAACAUUAUUUCAUUGGACAGUGUCAGCAAUUAUUACCGGAAAUACUCAGCUAAUCAGAAAGUAGGCUCUUUCCACUAUGUUCACAAAACUCCCUUUGGAAGCUACUCCUUUGUGUGUGCCGAUGCCACUCUGACCCCAGGACCCAAGAGACCAUACAAUUUCUUUGGUAUUCUCAACCAGACCCAGAUGGACUUGCUGGAAAAGUUCAGAGCUGAGAGUCUGAAAAGCAACCAGUCGAUAUGGUUUGGCCACUACACCACUUCCACUAUCGUCUCCCCUUCGCCAGGAGUUCGAGAUAAGAUGAGAUUUGCUGUUGCAUAUCUAUGUGGCCAUCUGCACACACUGGGCGGCCUAAUGCCCGUCCUCCACAGUCGACAUCCCCAAGGCACCUUGGAGCUAGAGCUGGGCGACUGGAUGGACAACCGCAGGUACAGGGUUCUGGCCUUUGACCAUGACUUGCUGAGUUUCUCUGACCUGAGGUUUGAGCAGUGGCCUGCAGUGCUCAUCACCAACCCCAAGGACGCGCAGUACCUUCACCCAGGAGUGGAGCCGCUGGCUCGGAUACGAAGAUCGACACACAUCAGGAUCUUGGCCUUCUCAGAGGCUCCAAUCACAGCGGUGCAUGUGAGCAUAGACGGGGAGCCUCUGGGGAAAGGUCACAAUGCCGGAGGACCUUUGUAUGUUCUGCUAUGGGAUCGGUCUCUCUAUCUCACUGGUCUGCACACAAUCAGAGUUAAAGUGGAGGACUCAGCAGGCCGGUCGACGGUUCGGGAGCAGCACUUCACGCUGGAGGAUGAGCUGACGCCGAGCUUUGGUUUCGUACAGUCCUUCAUCCUCCUCACUGACCAUUACAUCCUGGCCCGACUGGCCUUCAUAUUGAUGAUACUGCUGAACGUUGGUGUGCUGGUGGCCUUCAGGCUCCUUCGUGUUCCUUCUGGCAGAAGUGAAACGCAUAAUCGAUUGUUCUCUCAAGCAUGUAUGUCACUCCAUCUUGUCAGUAAAAUAGACACCUUCUACUACUCUCUGCUGCUGUUCAACCUGUGUACAGCCAUAGGUCCGUGGUUCAUAGGAGAAUUGAUAGAUGGCCACAAGGGUGCCUGCUUUGUCUUUGGACUGUUCAUCAAUGGACACUUCCUGGAGGGCAGUCUCUCUUAUGCUGUUGGAGUUUUUCAACUGCUGUUCUUCAACAUGCCCCUCACCUUUUACCUCUGCUGGAGCCUCCACCACCGUUACCGCGGCAACACAUUCCGAUCCCACUUCCUGCGGCCGGGCUGCCGCUGGCAGACUCUGGUGCUUCACCUCUUCAUGCUGCUGUUGCUCAUUUGGCAGGUCCACUCCUGCUACUUUCUCCUGCAGACCUAUGGCCCCAUGGCCUUUUUCCUGUCUCCUGUCCGCACGUGGGCGUUAGGGCUCAGUCUGCUAUUGGCCUAUCGUGCCUGGACAGGCCCCACCCCUUUCAUUCGUGACAACAGCAGGAGCAUCUCUCCCUCCUGACAGUAAUUGCACUGUACCACCAUAAUUUCCCCUGAGCUUGACUCACAGAUAUAUUUUGCUGUCUGAUUCCACCCUGAAAGCCUCAAUUUUGCCCACACAGCAGCCUCUUCCUUUUUCCAAAGCCAUUUCACAGUACUUCAUUCACUAUCCUCUUUCUAGGUACUAUUGUUUACUUAAUAUACAUAUUGUUGUAAUGCACAGGUGAGCACAUUUCUUGCCAUAUUCAUAGCAAUAUGUAUAGUGAGGAAAAAAAGAAAAAAAAAAGCUAAACAUCUUUGAUACCUUAUGGGUUAAAUAGCCUAUUUGAGCUAUGUGAGGACUAGUCCAAUGUAUUCUGCAGUUGACAGUAUACCAUAUACGAGCUGUAAUCUCUUGUGGUGUAAGCUGACUCAUUUACUUGAGCUUUAGCAUUUUUUGAAAGUGUUGCUUUGGCCAAAUGCCACUUCACCACUGCCAAAGGAUGAAUAAGAAAGAUUUCACCAUUCAUCAGUCCCUCCAGGAUUUUGCAAAGUUGGAAUUGCAACAUUUAAUGCAAGUUUAACUAUUCCCUGUGAGUUCAGUGUGACCAUGCAAUUUUGUCCAAUCACUGCAACUUUUGCAUAGAUUUGACCAAUCAUCGUAGUUUCCUGCGAGUCUCAGCAAUCACAGCAGCAAUCUCCUGUUUAAAACUUUGAGCCAUAUGUCUCAUGUUUUCCAACGAUUAUUACUAGGGAUGUAACGAUACCAAAACAUCAUGGUACAAUAUUGCCACGGUAAAAAGUUGACAAUACGAUAUUUAUCACAAUAUUAAAAAUGAAGAAUGAGCAAGGCAGUUAGCUGAUGUUCUGCAUGAGAGCGUCUGUGUGUUGGGGUGGGGGUUAACUGUUUUGUACCGUGUGCAAAGUUGGGGUGGAAAACAAAAGAAGUCAUGGAUUGACAAUUCUCUAUCACAUAACACACCUGUAGGGAGCAUGUGUAUGUGAGAGACAUCACUGCAUGAGGCAGAGGAGAGAGAAUGGCUAUUUGAAAAUAAUUUACUUAAGACAUUCACAGCAGCGAGGUUUCCAUAACUCUAUUUUUAAUUAAUUAUACCAACAA